CGACCGGCUCGCUUCCAUAACAGCCACUAAGCAACCAGCAGUCAAUCAACACACUGCAAGUCAUCCUGACUACAUAUUUUUUGUUCUAACAGUUGUAUAAGUACAGUUGUGUGUGCUAGCCAGCUCUUACUCAGCAGUUUUACACUGACCAGCCACCUGUCAGCUCGCCACCGAAACACCACAUGGAUCCUCAGAACAACAUGGAAAAUGAGGCAAAGAUGUUCCUGAGCCACGCGAAGACUCUCAGGCUGCACACCGGGAAUAUAGUCAACCGAAGCCGGCUGAAAAAGAAGUGUCCGUGCUCCCCCAGCGAAGAGCUUCAAGACUGCAUUCAAGCCGCACUGAGUGAUUGGAAGGCUGCCACAAAACCGCCAUCCAAUGACUUCCCCGACACGCUGGACUGCUCCAUCCCGCAGCCGACAGACGCCAUCCCCCCCGAAGAGAGGGAGGAGCUGAGGGUCUCAGUGAAGCUGUUCCUGUGCGAGGCGGGUGAAUCCUCCAUCAGAGACGCCGUGGAGAUGGCCUGUCAGACGCUGGCGGUGUCGCAGCUGGACUCCGUCAUCAUCGCCCCGACGUGGCCCCUGGCUGAGGGCGAGAACCAGAGCUUGGCCCACCUGCAGCCGGCCUGGGAGGAGCUGGAGUCUCUGGUCCGGAGCCAGAGGAUCGCUGCCAUCGGCACCUCGGACCUGGACAAAGACCUGCUGGAGCAGCUCUACACCUGGGCUCAGGUGAAGCCCAGCAGUAACCAGGUGAACCUGGCCUCCUGCUGUGUGAUGCCUCCAGACCUCACUGCCUUCGCUAAGGAGUUCGACAUCCAGCUGCUCACACACAACGACCCCAAAGAGCUCAUGUCAGCGGCCACCUUCCAGGAGGCGGUGCAGGAGGGAACGCAGGAUCUGAGCGCCGCCAUCUGGAGGCUGGAGUGGGUGCUGCGCUACUCCAUCAUCGUGAAGAGCCGGGGAAUCAUCAAGGCUAAAGGCUACCUGGUCAGUGCAGGGAAGGAGAGCCAGUAGCACCACCACCACAGAAGAAGAAGAAGAAGACAUGGAUGAAGCCAUUUUCCUCCAUAAACACACAACAUUCAAAGUCACCGCUCUGAAUAAUGGAUGCUGCCAAUUAAACAGUCCCAAAAGUCAUUGUUUAUCCUACA